AUGUAUGGAAGCGUACCUUCGGAUAGCAGGCUGAUCAGAAAGCUUAAGGAGCUAACACCUUCUGGUCCAAGGGUUCUGACCCCGGACAUGCUCAGAUCUAUCCACGAUGCAGAUAAACCAUUGAGCAAAGGUAAAAAGGCGGAUAAAGGAAAGCAAGUAGAAAAACCUUCAAAGGGGCCUUCACCUAAGAAGAGGAAACAGACAAAAGCUGCCACUUCCCCCCCACCGAAGAAGAGGAAGACUCAACCAAAGCGAAAGCUAAUUAUACCCUCCUCUUCGAGUGACUCCGAGGGUGAGAGUUCGGAUUCUGACGACUCUCAAGGGGAUGCUUCUCCUACACGAGGCAAUACACCACCUCGAUCCCCUACCCCAGAGAUUCAAAUUCCCAAUUCCCCAAUUCCUUCUCCUCCUCAAAUCUUUACCACUACCCCUGAAUCACCCCAUCCUCCAUUGAAGCUCGUCUCGUCAAGCUUCAAGAAGAUCUGA